GGGAUUGGUCAGCGCCGCGGCUCAGGCCGGGCGGUGCGGAGUGGGUUCGGUCCCUGCGCACCCCGGCCCCCGGUGCCCCCUUUCCCCCCAAACCCCUGCCCGCCGGACCCCGCCGCCGGCCAGCCCAGGUUUUACAUCAGCAGAAGAAGCAAGAUCAGAACCAUGGCAUCCAUCCCGUCCAGCGGCUCCCUUAUGGCAACUCACAACUACUACAGAAGACGCCUCAGCUCCACCUCCAGCAGCAGCUCCUGUGGCAGCUCAGAGUAUUCUGGGGAGGUCAUCCCCCAUCCCCCGGGUCUGUCCAAGUCUGACCCUGACCACUGGUGGACCAGCUUCUUCUUUGGGAAAACAGCCAUGACAACCCUGUCAGAGUCCCCAGUGAGCUUGGGAGCUCUUCAGGUGGCAGCAGGACCCAUGGCAUGUGGCUUGGUGCCAGCCUCAGCAGCGGGUCGGAGGCGAUACCCAAGUGAGCCCAGCUCUGGGCCCUCGGCAUGAGUGGCUUGGUGGCUGCUCCCCAUCCCGGUGGGCACAGCCCCUUCCCCCUAUCCCCACUUCCUUCCCCCCACCCCUUUAUAGGGUAGGCAGGCUGCUCCCAGGCAAAGGUGCUGCUUGGUGAUAAAAAAAGUGCCAGCAAUCCCCCUCUCCAGGGGGUGAUUCCCACCCCAACCUUUUUACUCAAUGCAACAACGCCCUUUCUACAUGGUCAUGGUAACACAGUUUAUUUACCUUGUACUUGUAUGAUGGCAACUAAUAAACAUUGAGCAGCCUUUUCAAA